GCGGGGCGACGACGACAACAUCGCGGUACGCAGACAGAGGUCAAAGUUAAAAAGAAAAAGAUGGCGGCCAACGCGAGGAAUGUGUUCGUGUUAUUUGUCAGCAGAAUACCGUGGACUUUAGCGAACAAGGAAAUAAGGGAGUACUUUAUGCAGUUCGGUCAAAUCAGGAGAUGCGUACUCCCAUUUAACGAAGAGACUGGUUUCCAUCGAGGGUUUUGCCGGAUUACCUACACAAAUGAGGAGGGACUGGAGGAAUCGAUCCUGAACACUACGCACGUUGUAGAAGGGUCACGGCUUCUGGUGCAACAGAGCAAUCUGCACGCAGGGAGGAGUGGCGAGAAGGAUGACAGCUGAAUUGCUUUGUUCUAAAUAUGCUUGUGUUGUAAAACUGUAAGAUGAAAUAAAUUAUGCUCUAGCACAUUUCACAUUUGUAUUAGUGUAGAAAUAUAUUGCAUUCCAGUUUGUGUGUUACAACUAUGCACAGUAUCACUAUUGAAUGUAAAAUAAAUAAAUAAAUUCCAAUUUUAAUGCA